AUGGGCUGCGCUACAAGUCAAGACGAAAAACGACAAAAAGAAUACAGCAAAGCACUCGAUCGUUUGAUAAAAGAAGAUGCUGAGCGAGCAGCGAAAGAUGUCAAACUUCUACUACUCGGUGCUGGAGAAUCGGGUAAAUCGACUAUUGUCAAACAAAUGCGUAUAAUUCAUCAACAUGGUUAUACGAGAGAAGAAUUUGAACAGUAUCGUCCAGUUGUUUAUUCGAAUACUAUUCAAUCAUUGGGAGCAAUCAUUCGUGCGAUGAAUAUGCUCAAUAUUCAAUUUGCUACGGCGGAACGAGAAGCCGACGCUCAACGUGUUUUGGAAGUUAUUCAACGAAUGAAGGAUACCGAACCAUUCAAUAGUGUCUUAUUAUCAUCUAUGGAACGUUUAUGGGCUGAUAGUGGUGUUCAACAAUGUUUUCUUCGUAGUAACGAAUAUCAACUGAACGAUUCGGCGCAAUAUUUUCUAGAUCAAUUAUACCGAAUUGGUUCACCGGACUUUCUACCGAAUGAACAAGACGUUUUACGAACACGUGUCAAAACAACCGGCAUUGUGGAAAUUAACUUUUCUUUCAAAAACUUGAAUUUUCGAUUGUUCGAUGUCGGUGGACAAAGAUCCGAACGAAAGAAAUGGAUUCACUGCUUCGAAGAUGUCACAGCGAUCAUUUUCUGUGUGGCACUCUCCGAAUACGAUCAAGUGCUUUACGAAGACGAAUCAACGAAUCGAAUGCACGAAUCUCUACGCUUAUUCAAUAGUAUAUGUAAUAAUAAAUGGUUUGUGUAUACGGGUAUUAUCUUAUUUCUGAAUAAGAAGGAUUUAUUCGAAGAAAAAAUCAAACGUUCGCCGUUAACACUCUGUUUUCGCGAAUAUACGGGCCCGAAUGAAUACGAUCCUGCUGCGGAAUAUAUUCAAGCCCAAUUCGUAUCAAAAAAUAAAUCAACACAAAAAGAAGUUUAUUGUCACCAUACAUGUGCAACAGAUACCCAGAAUGUUCAAUUUGUAUUCGAUGCUGUCACGGAUGUGAUUAUUACUUUAAAUCUUCGUGGUUGUGGUUUAUAUUAA